AUGGCUUUGAAGGUUGCGCCUAUCUGGGUUUAUAGCACCAAUGAUAGAAAAAACUUCCCAUUUUCUGAAUUGGGCUUCUCAGAUUUGGCGUGUACAAAUGGAGGGAAUACUGCUUUCUUGAAUUUGAGGCUUCGAAGAAAUUGGGAGUGUUUGAGUGUGUUCUCUCAGAGGGCGACCACACCCGUAGAAGAUGAGAUCCCUUUGACACCUGGGAUUGACGCCCCUGGUGGAAUUGAAAAGGCCACUCAGAUCGCUGAGGGCAGGAGGUUUCAUAAGGAUUUAAACUCUCUUCCAAUAAAAGCUUAUCCGGAGUGCGAAACUGUCCCAUGUGACCAGUUUGAGGCUGCAUUCAAGGCUGUUGAAUUGUGGUUGGUGGACAAAGCAGUACUUCCCAUUGAGAAUUCUGUUGGGGGUAGCAUCCACCGUAACUACGACUUGCUGCUCCGUCAUAGGCUUCACAUAGUAGGAGAAGUUAAGUUAAAAGUGAAUCACUGCCUUCUAGGACUGCCUGGUGUUAGAAAGGAGGAGCUAAAGCACGUAUUGAGCCAUCCGCAGGCACUUGAUCAAUGUGAGAUAACAUUAAACAAGUUGGGUGUUACCAGAGUCAGUGCCGAGGAUUCUGCUGGUGCUGCUCAGGUUGUAGCCUCCGGAGGGGUGAGAGACACUGGAGCCGUUGCAAGUGCUCGAGCUGCAGAAAUCUAUGGGCUUGAUAUUCUUGACCAAGGAAUUCAGGAUGACUCUGAUAACAUUACCCGUUUUCUGAUACUUGCAAGGGAACCUAUUAUCCCAGGAACAGAUAGACCUUUUAAGACGAGUAUUGUAUUCACUCUGGAAGAAGGACCUGGGAUUCUUUUCAAGGCCUUAGCAGUGUUUGCACUGAGGGACAUUAAUUUAUCAAAGAUUGAGAGUCGGCCGCAGAAAAGACGCCCGCUUAGGGUGGUUGAUGACUCCAACAAGGGGAGAGCCACGUACUUCGAUUAUCUCUUUUACAUUGACUUUGAAGCAUCUAUGGUGGAGCCUCGUGCCCAAUACGCUCUGGGGCAUCUUCAGGAAUUUGCAAGGUUUCUUCGAGUUCUUGGUUGCUAUCCUAUAGAUACAGUUAAAUAG